AGUGGCGUCACGAGCACCGGAAGUUACCGGGAUCCCGUGGUCCCGCAGCGCCGGUGACGCUUUGUUGCAGCCGAGAUGGCUACGGAAGGGAAGAUUAAACGGAAGAAAAAGAAGCAGACCGGAGACAGCAAAGCGAUGGAAGAUAGAGUGAGCGGCUCCUCAUCUGGCGAGUAUCGGGUUGGACAAGUGGCCAGCAGCUUGUUUCAAAACAAGCCCUUCAAGAGCGGCAAGGGCCACCUGGCAUCACUGUUCAGCUCCUCAGCCACACCGGCGCAGCAUCCCGUCUAUGUGGCUGCCGGAGAGGCUAACAGUAAGAAGAGAAAACAUAAUGAAGAUGAGAUUGCAUCCCACAGUCAAAGAACCCGUGCUGCUAUUGAACAGAUGCCUGCAAAGAGAAUUGUAGUGAAGAAGGGUAUUUCUGAUGCACAUAAAAGGUUGGCGAACAGAGAAAGUGCUUUGGCAUCUGCUGAUCUUGAAGAGGAGGAAGAAGAAAAAAUGCAAGCUAAACAGAUGAAGAAAAGGAAAAUUUCUCAAGCCAGUAACAAUGACAAAACAGCAGGUGGUAAAAUACUUGAUAAUUCAAAUUAUUCAUUUGAGGUGAAUAAAAGAAAGAAGAUUAAAGUCAAUGAGGCAGAAGAAAGAAUAAAAAAUAAGAGAACUGUAUUUGUGGGAAAUUUACCUGUCACCUGUAAAAAAAAGGAGCUGAAGUCAUUUUUUAAAGAGUAUGGACAAAUAGAAUGUGUACGAUUUCGUUCUUUGAUUCCAGCAAAGAGUACUUUAUCCAAAAAGAUUGCUGCAAUAAAACGUGAAGUUCAUCCUGAACAGAAGAGUAUUAAUGGUUAUGUUGUGUUUAAGGAAGAGAGUGCUGCUGAAAAGGCACUGAAAAGAAAUGGUGCUCAGAUUGCAGAGGGAUUUCCCAUCAGAGUUGAACUUAUAUCUGACACUCCUUUGAGGGGCAAGAGAUCAGUGUUCGUGGGGAACCUCCCUUACAAAAUUGAAGAGGCAGCUAUUCAAGAGCACUUCUCUGACUGUGGAAGUGUUUUAGCAGUAAAAAUUGUGAGAAACAAAGUUACUGGAGUUGGCAAAGGGUGUGGCUAUGUGCUCUUUGAGAAUACUGAUGCUGUACAACUUGCUUUGCGAUUAAACAACUCUGAAUUAAUGGGAAGAAAACUACGAGUCAAGCGUUAUGUUAAUAAUGAAAAGGUUAAACCAUCACAUACUACCGGCAGAGUUUUGGAGAAUUCCACCAAAUUUAAGCACAAACUUAAUUUUCCUCCUAAAAACACAGGACAGCUUUCUGAAAAUACAUUUUCUGGAGAAAAAGCUAAUCCCUUGAAAAAGAAAAAGAAAUGGCAAAAAAGUGGAAAAAGUAAAAAGCGAGUGGAAAAACACAAAUAGAGAGUCAGUCUGAGACUUUUUUACUUGUUGGAUAAUUUGUUAAUAAAGUUAUGUUUUAUUUAA